AUGAUGCGUGUCCUCAUUUGCCUCGUUUUUGUUGCACUCUCUGUCGUCGCGACCGCCGAGAAUGCGGUUGUUGAUGACCUCGUCAACAACGUUGCUACUUCUGCUACCGAUGCUGCUACAGACGCCGCUAAUGAAGUCGUGAGAAAUACUACUAACGCCGCGACCAAUGCGGCUGCCAAUGCUGCUCACAAUGCUGUAGACGCCGCUGCUGGUGCUGCCGACGAUGUCGUGGAUUCUACAUUCAAUAGAAUCUCGAGCACCUCUGGCUCCGAUGACGAUGUGGGAAGCGCCGCGGGCUCCACUCCCCCCUCUCGCUCCUCGACGGCCUCAUCGAUGCGUGAGCCUUCAGUUUUUGUCAUGGCUACCCUGACAGUUGCUGGACUCGCACUUUACUUCGUCUAA